UACUCUCUUUCUUUCACCACUCGCUUCUCUCCCAACUCAGAUUUCUCUCUUUUGACUCUCCCAACUCAACUCGCUCCCUCCUCUGAUCUCCGACUCGGCUUCGCCUGACUCAGUUCCCGCCGACUCAUACUCCGUCACCGCCUUCCCCCCCUCUCUCUCCCUCUAUACAAUUUUCACUUCUUAUUUCAAUCGAACGAUCGAUACUACCACCUUUCCUAGGGUUUUCUCCAACCAACCACCUGUUUUGCUUCAGCUGAUCGUUUCGACGCCAACUGUGGUGUUUCUUCUGCUGAAUUCUUCCUCUCGACGAAUUUCUUUUGAGAUCUGAAUUUGAUUUGAGCUUCGGUGAGCAAAUUUAGCAAGUAACGAAUGGUGUAUCGAUUCCUUUUUGGGAAACUAGGGUUACUCUGGUGUAUCACGUAAGAUUUUGUUGAUUUGGAAGCUUCUGAGCUCGAUUUUGUUGGAUUGGGAUACGAAGAAGAUGGCGUAAAGGCUGAAUGUUCUUUAUUUAUUCGGGAUAAUUUGUAUGCAGGUGUAAUUUGGCGGUGGAAGUCGAGAAUUGUAGAAUUUUCUUUUUAAAUUAAACAAGUUUAGUUGUAUGAAAUUAAGGGUUUUACUGGUGGAAUAAGGUGGGGAGGAAUUUAGGAAAAUGUUUUACUCUCAGUUUAUAUUGGCCAAGAAAGGUCCUCUUGGGACGAUAUGGAUUGCGGCUCAUUUGGAGAGGAAGCUCCGCAAGAAUCAGGUUGCAGAUACCGAUAUCGGAGUUUCAGUGGAUUCAAUUCUGUCAACUGAUGUUCCUAUAGCACUCCGGUUGUCUAGCCAUCUUUUACUUGGAGUUGUUAGGAUAUAUUCAAGAAAGGUGAAUUACCUUUUCGAUGAUUGCAGUGAGGCUUUGCUUAAGAUAAAGCAAGCUUUUCGUUCCACUGCUGUUGAUUUGCCUCCAGAAGAAUCCACUGCACCAUAUCAUUCCAUCACCUUGCCAGAGACUUUUGAUCUUGAUGAUUUUGAGCUCCCAGAUAAUGAAUUUCAGGGUAACUACGUUGAUCAUCACGUUAGUGCAAGAGAUCAGAUUACACUUCAAGAUACCAUGGAAGGUGUUGUUUACUCAACAUCUCAGUUCGGAUUGGAUGAGCGAUUUGGCGACGGUGAUACUUCUCAAAUUGGUUUUGACCUAGAUGAGGACAUUUUCCUCGACAAGGUUGCUGCCCAAACGAAUGACGGAAUUCCAGAUGAUGAUCUGCAGGUGUCAGCUCCUCCAAUGACACCUGAAGAAAAAGAGGAAAUGCGUGAGGACAUUGAGGGGUUGCCUGGAACUACAGAAAUAAUGGAUUUGGAUGGCGCUGGGGACCAGAUUGAAGUUCCAGAUGCAAAUAUAGAAGCUUUCGACCAUGCUGCUGAGGAUCCAUCUACUCCUGGAUUCAUGGAACAUCCAAGCCCGUCUAAGGCUGAGGAGCCUAUGAACUUUGAUGGUCACAUGGAAUCAAAAGAUCUGAACUUUGAUGGUCACAUGGAAUCAAAAGAUCUGAACUUUGAUGGUCACAUGGCAUCAAAAGAUCUGAACUUUGAGGGUCACUUGGAAUCAAAAGAUCAUGAUUUUACAACAUUUGAAGGCCCAGAAGAUACAGAAAAUGCUGUUAGUAAGUGUGAUGCCCAUGAAACUAUUGCUCCUUUGGAGAAUGGCUGCCUUUCAAGUGAUGUGGAGAUGCAACAGGCAAAUUUGCAGCUUCAUUUAGCAUCUAUUCCAGUUACUACAGAGAACAGUCAUUUAGCAUCUAUUCCAGUUACUACAGAGAACAGUCAUUUAUCAUCUAUUCCAGUUACUACAGAGAACAUCUCUGCAGAUAAUGGGGUUUCAGCACCAUCGGCUGUUGUUGAGCAUGAUAAACCUAUUCCUCUAGCUCCAGAGUGCUCAAAUGGAAACAAUAGUGCAGUGGGCGGUCCAAUCAGGGUGGAAGAAAUACACAAUGGUGUUGUUAUAGAUGAAAGAACUAGACACACCGGAACAAAUGUACAAUUCCCUCAAUCUCCUGGAGCUAGAUUGGAUGAAACUGUUGCAUCUCCUAGUUGCUCCCAGGUGACCACAGAACUGGAGGAUCCUGGUCGUCAGACUUUGUCAAUUGAUGUUGAAACUCACAACAUGGGAGAAUCAUGCUCUCUUAACAAUGCAUUGUUAACAAAUGUUGUUUGUCCACCCGAGUCACCCGGGAGACCAGAGGUUGUGAAUGUUGAAGGUCAGACCUCUCAAGAGCCAAAAGAAACAAAUACUUUGAGUCAUUUUACUCAUGAUUUCAUGGCAUCUAAUAAUUAUCCUGGACUCCAUGCCUGCACUCAGAAAGGUCCUGAUAUGUCAUCUUUUGGAGGUAACGAGAGCCAUUCAAUUGAUCUUAUGAGACAGGAGACUGGAAAUAAUUUUACUUUGAGUCAUUUUACUCAUGAUUUCAUGGCAUCGAAUAAUUUUCCUGGACUUCGUGGCUGCACUCAGAAAGAACCUGAUAUGUCAUAUUUUGGAGGUGACCAGAGCCAUUCAAUUGAUCAUAUGGGACGGGACACAGUAAAUAAACAUCUUCCUGAACCUGCAUUAUGUGAAGAGACUCCAGUUGACCGCAGACAGUUGAAUUUAGAAAUGCAUAACGUGGCAUCUCGUGAUAUUCAGCUAGAGAAUUUUAACAGAUCUGCAGCUUCAGACUUACCUGCCCCUGAAAGGCUGCUGUUUGUGUCUGAAGGGCUUUUUAGUAAACCAAAUGAUUUGUUCAUGGAGUCCACACCUAGGGUUGAUGAGUUUGGUGGUGGAUUUAGAAAUGCACCAGUUGACCGCAGGCAGUUGGAUUUAGAAAUGCAUAAUGUAGCAUCUCGUGAUAUUCAGCUAGAGAAUUUUAACAGAUCUGCAGCUUCAGACUUACCUGCCCCUGAAAGGUUGCUCUUUGUGUCUGAAGGGCAUUUUAGUAAACCAAAUGAUUUGUUCAUGGAGUCCACACCUAGGGUUGAUGAGAUUGGUGGUGGGAUCAAACUUACGGCAGGACAGAAACGUAGCUUCACGGAGAGUACUUUGACUGUACAUAGUUUAAACUCGAGUGACUCAUUUAAUAUGACCAAGUUCAUGAGAACUGCAGAAUCCGUUCCGGAUGAUAAUGAUUUGCUGUCUUCUAUCCUAGUUGGAAGAAAAUCUUCAGUUUUGAAGAUGAAGCCCACUCCACCUGUACCUGAAAAAAAAUCGAAACGCCCUCGGUCCACUCCCCGUGCUAGUGCCAAGAAGAGAAAAGUGCUUAUGGAUGAUAUGAUGGUUCUACAUGGCGAUAUAAUACGACAACAAUUGACAAGUACAGAAGACAUACGUCGCCUGCGUAAGAAAGCUCCCUGUACUAGCCAAGAAAUUUCAUUGAUUCAAAGACAAUUCUUAGAGGAAGAAAUUUUUAAUCAACCCAGUUUUACUGGUAUGUCCACAGCACUGAUAUUUUUGCACCAUGAGAAAUUUGAUUUGACUGGGUUAAGGGUGUAUGAAAAUGAUCCAUACAAUGGUCCUGUUGAACCAGCAAAGGAUGUAGUAGAGCCUUCUGUUUUGGUCCAAAGAAAUUUGGAAACACAAACUGUUAACAUUCCUAUUCAAAGUGAGAUUCAGCAUACUGCUGUUUUGGUCCAAAGUGAUUUCGAAACACAAACUGUUAACAUUCCUAUUCAAAGCGAGAUUCAGCAUACUGGAAACAGUGACUUCAGAUCUCAACAUGAAAAAAUGGGACUUGGUGUACAAAAUAGUGAAGUUGUUGCUGAUGCAGCAAAUCAUUCUAUUAACCGGAUAGAGUCAUCAAUUCAAAUCAAACUUAAUUCUAUUGAUAUUGCCAACAACAUGACAGAAAACACUGUUCAAGCAGAUCUUGUGGAUAAGAGUAACGAUGUAGAUGCUUCUGUACUGAUGGAGGCAUCAUGCAUGUACCCACAGAGGUUUGAAACUGAGCCUAUUGAGGAAACAUCACUAGCGGACACAAGUAACGGGAGACUUGAUGCUAUUGAAUGUAGUGUAGAUCCUGAGAAAGAUAAUGGCAAUUUACAUGCCUCCCUUGAUGUGGCAUCUGUGGAAUCUGAGGGGUAUGAUAUUAAUAUGCUUCCUGGGUCUGGAGAUCAAGCUGUGGAAGUACAUGAAAACAUUGAUUUAAGUGUUAUGAAUCCAGAUGAGGUCCAGGCACCAGAAGAAGGAUGUGAAGGCAAGGAUUUGGCUUCUAGCUGUAUGCAAGCUGAUGGAGCAAACUUAGAUUUAACUCUACCCUUAGAGCCAAAUGUGGAUGAAGAGAAUGCAAGCUGUAUGCAAGCUGAUGGAGCGAACUUAGAUUUAACUCUACCCUUAGAGCCAAAUGUGGAUGUAGAAAAUGCAAGCUGUAUGCAAGCUGAUGGAGCGAACUUAGAUUCAACUCUACCCUUAGAACCAAUUGUGGAUGUAGAAAAUGCUCCUUUGAAUGAAGAAGAGAAUACAGACGUGAAGGAAAGUGAUCUACCGAGUGCCUUAAAUGAAGAAGCAACAACUGCUGAGGAUUCUGCAGUGGAGCUUCGUGAUGAUUAUGAAGAAGAUGUCUUAUACGAUAAUGACACAGAAUUUUUGAAUGUAGACGAUGAUGACGUAGAAGAAGACUACGAUGAUGAUAAUUUGCCAGGUGCUGAAGAUCCUCGUCUUCUUGAAAACAGUGGAUGGUCUUCUCGAACGCGGGCCGUUGCUAAGUAUCUCCAAACCUUAUUUGAUAAGGAAUCUGUGCCUGGAAAGAGAGUUCUCCCAAUGGACAAUCUAUUAAUGGGGAAGACUCGCAAGGAAGCAUCAAGGAUGUUUUUCGAGACACUGGUUCUAAAGACAAAGGAUUACAUCGAUGUAGAGCAAGCAAUGCCGUUUGACAACAUCAAUGUAAAGCCUAGAAUAAAGCUAAUGAAAUCCGACUUCUGAGAAUCUUACAAUAGGAAAAAGGCAAGAAGAUACAGUUUGAUACGUAGUUUGGCUCAUGAUAUAUUAUGAUGAUGAUGAUGAUGAUGAGGGUCCUUUAUUAUCAAUUUUUUUUUUGGGGGGGUUUCAUUAGAUUUUUUUUUUCUUUUCUUUCAUCAAAGGGUGGUUCUCUUUUUUUUUGUUCUUGUCUUAUAAAUUAUUUUUAUUUUUUCGUUUCGAUGGGAAGGGAAGGGAAGGAAGAAAGAAUUAUGUCAUAUUUAGUUUGAUGUAAUUGGUAGUUUAACAAGUCAAAAGGUCUAAAUCUAAUGGCACCUGUAUCUUUGUAGUAGUGACAACAAUGCUGUAACAAGGAUCUUAUGUAUAUGUAUAUAUUUGUAAAAUAUUAUUAUUAUCAUUGCAAUUGAUUACCCUAAAUUAUUAUA